AUGGAUUCCUCACCCUCCUCGCACGAGAAGGUGCACCAAGAACAUGCCGAACAAUCCACCCUCCCCAACAGCUCCAACGGUUCUGCAAGUAACAGCGACGAUAUCGUCAUGGUCGACCUGCCCACGGCCAUCGUCGAAAAAGGCCCCCAACUUCUCGACACCAAAGUGCCCUUCCUAACCUGGCGCUCCGUUGUCAUGGGUCUCUUCGUGUCCAUGGGCGGCUUCUUCUUUGGUUACGAUACCGGUCAGAUUUCUGGAUUCUUGCAGAUGGAGGACUUCUUGUACUCGUUUGGGGAGUGGAACGGCGAAAAGUAUGAGUUUAGUGAUGUGCGGAGUGGGUUGAUUACUGGAUUGUUGUCAAUCGGAACGUUGAUUGGCGCCCUCGUCGGUGCCCCCAUCGCAGACCGCAUCGGCCGCAAAUGGUCCAUCUCGUUCUGGUGCAUAAUCCUCUGCGUCGGCGUAACAGUACAAAUCUCUUCAUCACAGGGGAAAUGGUAUCAAGUCGCCGUUGGCCGGUUGAUUGCCGGUCUCGGUGUUGGCGCUUUGUCGCUGAUUGUGCCCAUGUAUCAAGGUGAAAGCGGUCCGCGACACAUUCGCGGUGCGUUGAUUAGUUUGUAUCAGCUGUUCAUCACGCUGGGCAUCUUUGUCGCGUAUUGCAUUGACUUUGGCACCGAGGCUAUGACGACCAGUGCAUCGUGGCGAAUCCCUAUGGGUAUUACAUACCUCUGGGCGAUUAUCCUGGGUGUUGGAAUCAUCUUCUUCCCCGAAUCGCCUCGCUUCGACUACCGACACGGCAAAGUCGACCGUGCCGUCGCAAACCUGGCCAAGAUUUAUGGUAUUCCGCAAAACCAUCGCGCUCUGGCUCAAGAAUUCGAAGAAAUCAAGGAAAAAUACGAAGAAGAAAAGUCCCACGGCAACAUUACAUGGUGGAUGAUGCUCGGCGCUCCACGCAUGAAAUAUCGUAUCAUGGUUGGCAUGCUCUUGCAGGCCUUGCAACAACUCACCGGCGCAAACUACUUCUUCUACUACGGCACUACCAUUUUCCAGGGUGCCGGAAUCUCAAACUCCUUCGUCACGCAGAUGAUCUUGGGCGGCGUCAAUUUCGGAACUACAUUUUUAGGGUUGUAUAACAUCCAACAUUUCGGACGACGCAAGUCCCUGAUUGCGGGUGCCAUAUGGAUGUUUGUCUGCUUUUUGAUCUUUGCAUCUAUCGGCCACUUUUCACUUGAUAGGCAGACUCCCGCCAACACGCCCGCCGCCGGAAAGGCAAUGGUAUGUUUCGCAUGCUUCUUUAUUCUGGGUUAUGCAUCAACCUGGGCGCCCAUGGUAUGGGCCAUCUGCGCCGAGUUGUAUCCCUCUGAAUUCCGUGCCCGCGCCAUGGCUAUGUCGACAGCAUCGAACUGGCUUUGGAAUUUCCUGCUCGCAUUCUUCACCCCCUUCAUCACAAGUGCCAUCGACUUUAGGUUCGGAUAUGUCUUUGCCGGAUGCAUGUUUGCCGCUGCGUUUGUGGUGUAUUUUGCUGUUAUUGAGGGCAAGGACCGCACACUGGAGGAGAUUGAUACCAUGUAUGUUCAAAGGGUGAAGCCGUGGGAAAGCUCAAAGUAUGUUUUCCCGGAAGGCGAGUUUGAGUCUGCUGGCACCACCGCUUCUGGUGGGAAUGGAAAUGGGAAGGAUGAGGUGACGCAGGAGCAUAUUAACUAG